ACAACCACGUGGUUGUUUCAGAUGAUUGUUUGUGAUAAGCUCGAACCAUGCUUAUGUUUUACUUCUCUUGUUCCUAACCUAAAAUACGUGCAUCAAAAGUAUGAUUGCAGCUUUGGUAUGCUCCAUUGCAUUGAUCUUUGCAUCUAUUGAGGGCUCGCCGACGACUUCACCGCAGAGCAAAAGUUAUGACGAAUUGCUAGAUGCACUCAUAGCCUUAGAGAGUGACAGAGAGUCUGUAUUAAAGAAGGUGGUGGCGGAGGCAGCGAACCAAAAGUCUAAUGAAACUGGCAAAGUCCUAAAGUUUAUCGGAGAAGCGGAUAAAGUCCUAGUGAAACUACGACAUUAUUUUGAGGCUGGUAAGAUCAUGCUCGAUCUCCACAAAGGAAAAUCAAAGAUCCAACCAGCAGAUUUAAUCAUAAAAACCCAGCCCCUGCGGGAAGAAGAUUACUUGCAGAAUCAAAUGCUUAGACUGUCUGCAACCCUCAGAACUUUAGAUGCUCAAGUGUUAGAUAUACCCACGGAGACGCUAACCAAGCUGCUACCAGCAAUCGCUGCUAUUAGGCAGAGUGAGCAAGCGUUGGCUCCGAUCGCAACAAAAUUUAAAAGUGACGCCACUAAAUUGCAAAAGACUGCCAUGCAAUAAGCGCGAUUCACAGAUUCAGAGGAAACUACUUUGGUAAAUUUGGGCGCAUUUGAUUGUUUUUGAUAAGCUCGAAUCCUGUUCCUUUUAAUUUGUUUCUUACCCAUUCAAUCCUGUACUGAAAGUAUGACUGCAGCUCAUCUGGUAUGCUCUGCCGCAUUGAUCCUUGCAUAUACUGAGGCCUCGCCAACUCCUACUGCAUUACAUGUCAAAAAUUAUGACGAAUUGUUAGAGUCACUCAAAGUCUUAGAGACCGACAGGAAGGCUUUGAUAAGAGGAGUGAUUGAGAAAGUAGAGAACAACAAGAGCAAUUUAACAAGUAUAUUCUUGAAGAUCGCAGGGGAAACGGAUGAGUUACUUGUGAAAAUUCGAAACUACUUCGAUGCUGGUAAGCUCUUCUUUGACGUCGAAAAAGGCAUAGUAAAGCCAGGCGCAGAUUUUUGUCCGAGAACACAGAUCCUUCAAAUUGAGGAUUAUUUACAAAUGAAAUUGAUGCAGCUGGCUGCAAACAUUAAAACUUUAGAGGCUCAAAUGGAAGAUUUAGCAACGGAUGAGAGCGCCAUGAUGAGGCCAGUAAUCAACAUUCUGAAUAAAAGUGACCAAGCGCUAAUUCCAAUCACGAAAAAGUUUAUGGAGGGAAUGGAACUUACGGAUCCGUAGGACCACGGUACUAAACGUUUUGUCUACGGGGUUGCAGUUACGAGUUCAAAUAUUACGAGUGCAGCCUUUAGUACUAUCAUCAAUUUUCUGUACAAAGUAUGUAUUCUAAAACUAUGAGAUCGGUUUUAGUUGGAUGGAGAAAUAUUCAGCAGAUUCAAAUUAAAGAGAGAGAUUGUUGAAAAUACAGUAACUGCUUCAUAUUAACUACCCACUGAAUUUAUUGGUAAAAAUCGGCAAACGGUUUCACUGGAAAUAUACGUUUCCCUAAUUAUUAAAAUUUUGUUUGAACCACAAUGUUCAUUCUGGCAUUUUGUUGUCGUUUGAAGAAUAUCGAAAUUCUAUGUUCAAUUUUUACAUAGCUCAAAAUUUAAUUUCAUCGAGAUGUAUAUUUUCUGCUCUUCCUUUUUUGUUAGGUUCAUUGAAAUAUAUUUUAUUUCCAUUAUACUUAGGGAGACCGGAUGGUUCCAAUAAUUGCUGUUGUUAAACAAUUUGACGUAUUUCUGCCAAACGGAACUGUGUGCAUUAUGACAUGAGCCCUCAGACCCAUAAGAAUAUGUGCAUAACAAGGUUCACGUCAUAAUGCAUAUAGUUCCGUUCGGCAGAAAUUUGUCCAAUUGUCGUUUUUUCUGACCUAGGAAAUCUCAUUUUUUGCCUCAUUCAGUUUUCUUUCUCUUUUUUUUCGGUGAAGGAAACCUCAGCAACAUAGCGAUCUUCUCUGAUUAUUUCUGAUACAGUGACGAUAUGCUAGUGCAUCCUAAAUGCAUGAUCAUCCAAUCAAACCGAAUGCUAAGAACUAAAUGUGUGAUACAAUUAUUUCAGCUUCUGUGUAGCUCAAAUUGUAUGCCAUUGGAAUAUGAAGGGGCAUUCCAUUAUUUCCUUGUUGCAAUUUUGAUAUUUGAGAGCCUAGUUAAGGGCAUAAAAAUCAUUAGUAUAUUCGGAUGUUCUUCGAACCCGCUUGAAAGGUGAAGACGAUUUUUUUUAUCUUAGUUUACUUUUUUUGUACUUUUUAUUCUACUGUAUUAUAUUUUUUAAAAAAUGUAUUUAGCAGUCGGAAAACGGUAUCUUCCUUUUCAUGUCUUAAUAUAGUACUUUUGCAUUUUUUCAA